GAUCAUCAUCAUCAUCAUUUGCGGCGCAAGCAGCGCAAGGGGGCAGCGGGCGGUGGCGACGAGUCCUGCUGACUGACCGUGCUCCGGGCCGUCGCCUAGAAGGUUACGUGACCGGUCUCCGCUCGACAUAGUCGCUGAUCGGCGACCUGACGCAGCGGGACAUGGCGCGGCGCUUGGAACAAAUCCACGAGUACAGCAGCAUGGACGAGGAACCUGUCUGCGCCUGCCCGGACAACAAGAGUGCCGGCGUCAAGCGCAUCGCGAGGGAACUGGACGAUAUUCGGGUCCAUCCUCCGGACCAGUGCACCGCGGGCCUGGUCUACCCCACAAACCCGUACCGCUGGCAGGCCACCAUCGCGGGACCACAGGGCAGCCCGUACGAGGGAGGGCUGUUCAAGCUGCGCAUCCAGCUGCCCAGGGACUACCCGUUCGAAGCUCCCGUGGUGAAUUUCCUCACCGCUAUCUACCACCCCAACAUCAGCAGCACCAGCGGCAUGGUCUGCCUUGACCAGCUGAAGUGCAGGUGGUCGCCGGCACUGACCAUCGGCAAGGUGCUGGCCUCCAUUCGCUUUCUCAUGUGCAGCCCGAACCCCGAUGACCCGCUCGAGUACAGGGUGGCCGCCGAGUACCGAACGAACCGCGAGCAAUUCAUCGCCACCGCCAAGAUAUGGACGAAAGCGUUCGCCAUGGAGUGAAUCGACUACCGACGUUGCCGAAGGCGUGGUUCGAGCGCACCCGUUCGCGUACCCUGAGUCAUGGGUGUCUCGUGCAAAAAAAAAAAAAAAAAACGAAUAAAAAAUACGCUGAAUUUCUUCGCGGCCUAGGCGUACGGCCCAAAGAACUGAUAAUGGCAACUUGGACUUGAUCAUACGGAACUCCGCGGUCGAUCCAUCAGAAUACGGAUGCGUACUUGCGCUGCUCGGAAAAUCUGACUUUUGCCGCUCGUUUGAUCGCUUGCUCGCGCGUCCCCCAACCUCGCCUCCCUGCCUUCCUCUCCACUAGCCAGCAGGAUGUCAGUUCACCUUCACAUUGAUGGCAGACUUUAAACUUAUUUUCAGCGACGAGUGAAAACCUCGCUUUUUACGCGAAUUCAAGAACUUUGAGAUUAAUUUGUAGACAA